AUGAAUCUACGAACAACUGCUGCAGUUCGAACACCAGCCGGAUGUGCAACACCGUUUGAGAUGGUAACUGGAGUAAGACAAUGGGCAGUGGCAGGACCUUUCCUGUUCAAUUUUGCAAUCGACGACAUUAUGCGAAGAACAGUCGACCAGUGUCCUGCUGACAUUGUCUUAGCACCAUCAGGGUGCCUCUUGGCUGACCUCGAGAACGCCGACGAUGUCGUUAUAUUUGCGGAAAGCAGUACGAAACUUCAAGAUGUUGUCAACCUUGUAUCGAAGCUGGCUGCAGCCUAUGGACUACGUCUACGCCCUGAUAAAUGCAAGCAGGUGUGGAUCUCUUCGAGACCUCGAACGGGAAUCAGGGUGGACGGACAACCGAUAGAACUCGUUGAUGAGUUCUUUUACCUAGGCUGUACGCUGAAGAACAAUUGCAGCUACGAGAGAGAUGUUCAGCAAAGAUGCGCUAAGGCCACUUCUACAUUUAACUCCUUAACGAAAUGCCUGUGGUCGACCCCCGUCACCAACGAAGUCAAGCUACCUAUCCGCAAUUCGCCCCAUCAUGAUGUACGGAUCGGAGACUUGGGCAGCAUCAUCAACGGUUAUGAAGAGGCUUGA